AUGUUAAAGAAGCAAACACCCCUACGUAUUACCUAAACGUUGAGCUCACUUUCCAGACGCGGAAGCAACUCGCAGCUGUCAAACCUCAAACAGAUUUCGUGAAAAUCACUCUCAGCUCCACGUUGAAAGAAAAACAACUAUCUGACUUGACCUCAACAUGGACUGUCCACGCUGGUUGCCUCUGGAAUCAAAUCCAGAAGUGAUGACAAAGUUCGUAAAUUGUCUGGGUAUGAAACCUACCUGGCAAUUUGGAGAUGUGUAUGGACUGGAUCCAGAGCUGCUCAGCAUGGUACCAAGACCUGUGUGUGCAGUGCUUCUCCUCUUUCCCGUGACCGAGAAGUAUGAAGCAUUUAAGCAAGAGGAGGAAGAGAAACUCAAGGGUCAGCAACAGGUCUCUCCUGACAUCUAUUUCAUUAAGCAAACUAUUGGAAACGCCUGUGGAACAAUAGGAUUAAUUCAUGCAGUGGCCAACAACCAGUCACACCUGGAAUUUGAGUCUGAUUCUCCUCUGAAGAAGUUUAUUGAACAAACCGUUAAAAUGACCCCAGAGGAAAGGGCCACCUUCCUGGAAAAAGACGAGAGUAUACGUGUUACACAUGAAUCCAGCGCACAGGAGGGACAGAGUGAGGCCCCAAGCUUAGACGAGAAAGUGAAUCUUCAUUUUAUAGCGUUUGUGAACGUCGGAGGACAGUUAUAUGAACUGGAUGGCCGGAAGCCUUUCCCUGUUGUCCACGGAAAAACCUCAGAAGACACCUUCCUUGAGGAUGCGGUAGAGGUUUGUAAGAUCUUCAUGGCUCGGGACCCGCAGGAAGUCCGCUUCACAAUCAUCGCUCUCUCCAAAGAUUCAUAUUGAGGACCCUUGUGACCAGUGAAAACAAAGAACACAUUACUGCCAAACAUUCUCAAGUGCUGAAUUUAUUGGAUUUCUUUUUUUUUCAAAACAGUUUAGCAAAUGAUUCAGAGAAGAAGAAAACAAAUAAUGUCAGGGAUAUCUAACUUCUGGUAUAAAUUAGUUGUUGUGAGUUGGAAGAAAUUCUAGGGGAAUUGGAGUGCUGCUGUGCUAUUAAUAUAAGCUAGUGUUGAGAUCAGAAUAUUCCCACUGCUGGAAAAUCUCAGUAACUGUACACAGAUAUCAGUUGUACUACCUUGAUACUACACUAACAUUUGUUUACAUGGUGGGUUUGGCUUUCAAUUAAGAAAGAAAUGUAACACAUUUUCAUGUCACUGAGGGAACUCAACUUCCUUUUUUAGAAUGGGUUUAAAUGAUACCUACGUAGUGAUUUGUUUUGAGCACAUGGUCAAAACCAGCUGAAGAAACAUGUUUUGCAAGGCUUUAAUUUCAGUCAUAGCUUUGAAAACAGACAGGCCUAAUGCUGAUGUGUGCAGUAAUGGUGUUAUGAAAAGCUUAUCAAUAAAGCAUGUCUCCUAUAAGUGAGGCUAAAUGAAAACUGCAAGUCAGACUGUAUAUCCUUGUGGAAGGUGCCUACAUUUUUGUAAUAAGAAUUAGAAAAUAUGUCAAAUAAAAGGCAAAUUUAUUAAGCAUUUCUCUUGUGGAUC